GUUUGGUUGCAGCGUCUGGUGAGGGGGUGGGUGGGUGGUUCUGGGCUUGCUUGGCAUCUGAACCACCUCUCCCUUCUUCCUGGCCUGUAUUUUUUUGCCGCUGGGUAGUGGUGUGUUCUCUUCUCAUCUUUGUUCUGGGUGGAAGGGCGGAUUGAGUCCAGCUCCAUUUCGCCUCGGAGUCAAGAUGGGGGACGUGGCCAAGGACCUGGCCGCCGGCACGGUGGGCGGCGCGGCGCAGCUGGUCGUCGGCCACCCGUUCGACACCAUCAAGGUGAAGCUGCAGAGCCAGCCCACGCCGCCGCCCGGCCAGCCGCCCAAGUUCGCCGGCGCCAUGGACGCCGUCAAGCAGACCAUCUCGGCCGAGGGCCCCCGGGGCCUGUACAAGGGCAUGGGCGCCCCGCUCGCCACCGUCGCCGCCUUCAACGCCGUGCUCUUCACCGUCAGGGGCCAGAUGGAGGCCCUGCUGCGCUCCGAGCCCGGCGCCGCGCUCACCGUCGGCCAGCAGGUCGUCGCCGGCGCCGGGGCCGGCGUCGCCGUCUCCUUCCUCGCCUGCCCCACCGAGCUCAUCAAGUGCAGGCUGCAGGCGCAGAGCGCGCUUGCCACCGCCGCUCCUGCCGCCGCCGCUGCUCCCGCGGGCGGCGCGGCCGCCACCGUGACCGCCACGGCCGCUGCCGCGGUGAAGUAUGGCGGGCCGCUGGACGUGGCGAGGCACGUGCUGCGGUCGGAGGGCGGCGUGCGGGGCCUCUUCAAGGGCCUCGUCCCCACAAUGGCGCGCGAGAUCCCCGGCAACGCGCUCAUGUUCGGCGUCUACGAGGCCACGAAGCAGUUCAUUGCCGGCGGGCAGGACACGUCGGGGCUGGGCAGGGGCUCCCUGAUCCUCGCCGGCGGGGUCGCCGGCGCGGCGUUCUGGGGAUCCGUGUACCCGACCGACGUGGUGAAGAGCAAGCUCCAGGUGGACGACUUCAAGAACCCAAAGUACUCGGGCUCCAUGGACGCGUUCAAGAAGAUCCUCGCCGCCGACGGGGCCAGGGGUCUGUACAGGGGGUUCGGACCGGCCAUGGCGCGCAGCGUCCCGGCCAACGGCGCCUGCUUCCUCGCCUACGAGGUGACAAGGUCCCUGCUCUAGGCGACCUGCAGGCUGCUGGCCAUUCUUGACUUCGUUCUUGUUCCUCCACCCUGAUGAUUCAGUUAUCGUCGUCGGGACAGUCCUGUCUCUGUAACAGAAAACCAAGCCAUGUGUGUGAAUCGAACGAAAUUUGCAUUCCUUUCCUUUUCUUUCUUUCUUUUUGCGAGAAGGCCAAGGUCAUAUAUCCAGAAAUAAGAGAGGAGUGGAUGCAGGAGGCUCCUCAGCGAUUAGAGCUUCUCGGCCGUCCGAUCGUUUUCUUGAUUGCGUUCUGGCCGUUGGAUCUCGGGCUCGGUCGUUGUGGGCCGUCGGAUAUUUACCCGGUCGUCUCCAACCGUUCGAUAUUUUCCCUAUGAGCUGUUUCCCGCCCGGCCGUGCCACCGCGCAUAAUUACACUGCCCCGCCGAGGGCAUUCUUGUCAUUUCACUUGGCUGGGAAAAGAUCCUAUAGCGCAGGCAGGGGCGAGGCCGUAGAGACCGUCGUUCCCCUCCCCCUCCAGCCCGCUCGCCUCCUUCUCCCCCUCCCGCGCCCGCCUCUCUCUCUCUCUCCCUCCCGCGCCCCUCCCUGCCCCGCCGCCGCCGGCCGCCGCCGCCAUCGCCGCUCGCCCGGGCACCUAUCCACGACCCCGCGCCACCCCUCUCCUCUUCCUCCCACCUCACCUCUAUCUUUCUCUCUCUCUCCUCUUCAAACCCUAACCCUAGCCACCAGCCUCCGCUCCCUGCCGCGCCGUCGCGUCGUCUCCUCCUCCCCGCCCUCUCGGUCCUCAGCAGGAGGAGCACGGCUCGCCGCCGCAGCUGCUCCUGCUCAAGGACGAGGUGAUGAAGAUCACCCCCGUGCAGAAGCAGACGCGCGUCGGCCAGCGCACCCGCUUCAAGACUUUCGUCGGCGGCGGCGACGGCAACGGCCACGUCGACCUCAACGUCAAGUGCGCCAAGGAGGCGGCCACGGCCAUCCGCGGCGCCAUCAUCCACGCCAAGCCCGCUGGGGGUCUGGAAUCGUGGCCGCCCGCGUCCCCAAGAAGGUGCUGCAGUUCGUCGGCAUCGAUGAUGUCUUCACUUCCUCUCGUGGAUCCACCAAGACCGUCGCCAUGGUGCUCCACUAUGCCUCGGGGAUUGCCGACGCGCACGUUGGCCUUCCGUGCGCGGCGCCGUUGUCGCCGUGCCGCCCUAUUUCGGCCAGGCCGAGCGCCAGGCCCUCACGCAAGCGUCCCAGCUCGCCGGGUUCAACGUCCUGGCGCUCGUCAACGAACACGCCCGGGCCGCGCAGCAGUUCGUCCUACAGCGCCAAGGAGUUCGGGAAGAUGGUGUCUGUCAACCAGUUCCAGGUUAAGGAUGUCAGAUGGAACUCCAAACUGGGAGGCCUUGAAAUGGAAAUGUGUUUGGUAAAUUAUUCCGUAGAUCAAUUUAAUAAGCAGACAUCCGUCAGUCUCCUAAAGCAAUGGCUAAGUUGAAGAAGCAAGUCAAGCGCACCAAAGAAAUUCUGAGCGCAUAUACCCCUCCUCCAAUCUCAGUUGAAUCUCUAUAUAAUGAUAUCGAUUUCAGAUUUAUGGGAGCAGGCUCUGUCUCCAAUCAAAGAUGUGCUUACGCAAUCAGGCAUGAAAAUUGGUGACGUAUAUGCUGUAGAGCUAAUUGGUGGAGCUACCAGGGUACCGAAACUGCAGGCUAAGCUGCAGGAAUUCCUGGGAUGGAGUGAGCUAGAUAAGCACCUUGAUGUUGAUGAAGCAAUUGUUCUUGGCGCCUCACUACAUGCUGCUAAUCUAAGUGAUGGGAUUAAGUUGAGCUGCAAGUUGGGGAUGAUUGACGGUUCUACUUAUGGUUUCGUGUUUGAAAUAGAUGGCCCAGAUUAUGUCAAAGAUGAAAGUACUGAUCAAGUACUGGUUCCAAGGAUGAAAAAGAUGCCAAUGAAGGUUAAGAAGGAUAUUAGUCAAUCUCUUACUUGUCGACAAACUUUGCCUCCUGUUUUCCAUUUUCCAUUCUUAGCUCCAUUUGCUGAAAACAGAGGCAGAGUAGCAGCUAUAGCAACCCUAGAGAGAUUAAUUACACUUUUUCCCGUCAUGGUGCUGCUUGCGUACAUUCUUUGUUAGAGAUUGCUUGAUCUGAUUGCGGCCGGAACAUGGUUUCGUUAGGGCUGUGUGAUUUAGCCUCUUCUUGGUGGCAACUAAUUACGCAGCAAUACUUUAGUUUAGCCUCUUCAUCCCAAUAUUUAAGAUUACAGGGUCGAAGUGCCUUCUCCCUAUGGUAAUCACCAUGGUUUUAUUAUUUGGCUUCUUCUGCUUUAGUUUAGUUUUCAGUAUCAUCACAACCAGGAGGUAUAUCAGAGUAGUAUCGUAUUCUAAUUAGAAAUGGAGACAAAUUUAAGAAUUUAGUAGUUACGUAGUAAUCGUGAUGUACAAAUCAUUUAUUAAUAUGUUUUUUUAGUAUUUGCAGCACCAUAUGGUGGAUCAUAGCAGGUAAAGGUUUAGAAUAUAUAAGACAUGUUUAGAACCUUUGAGCCUGACAACUAAUAGAAUGUUUGUUGUGAGUUGUUACUAUAUGCAUCUGUUGGAUGUCCUGCUGCACAUCUAGGCAUUUUAUUGUUCUAUUGCUUUUGCUCUGUGUAGGGAUGGGUUAGGGUUUGCUGUUGGAUCCAACAUUUUUUUGUUGAUGGUUGUCGUCUGCUCAUGCUCUUGACUGUCGGACUGCUGGGAUCUGUCGUUGUUGUGGUUGUCUCGAUAGUUAUGAUUUUUGUCUACAGUCCUAUUACAGGUGCUUUUCUUUUUUCAUUCCUUUAUUUAUGCCUUUCCAUGUACAGUUUCUAAUUUAAUAUUUAUCUUUUCGGCAUGGGUUGUGGCUUACCAAGUCUAAUGUUCAAGUGUUCUAUCAAUUCUUACUGCAGUAUUCAUUCUGUAGUAUGUACUAGCUCUUAGACAAGAUAAUCUUUUAGCCCCUGAUUUCUUAGCUACUGGUUGGUCCUGUAAAGCUACAUCAUUGCUUUCCGAUUAGUGUUAUUUGAAUAUAUAGCAGUGGAUAUGCGUAGAAGAUCCGCUAAUUUGGUUUUUUUGCCUUUAUUUAGCUUUAUUGAUUAAUAUGAUGGCGUUCCUGUUCAAGGAUUAGCUCAACCUAAUAACAUGUAGGGACUUCAAGUUUAUUUUUUAAUAUAAUGGUGGAAUCAUAUAUCUCUACGGUGUUGUCAGUAGUUAAGUGUCUGUAACUUGCUGGUAGUUCUGUUAUGUCAUGAGCUAAACUGCUGACUUGGUUUCUUCCAUUUUAUGAAUUAGCGGUGCACCAAACUCUUGUGAAGUCUGAAAAAUGGAAAAUGUUUGUCCAAUAGGUGCCUGAUGCAAACUACGCACACUACACGAGCUACAACCCACGUAUGGGUGCAACUGUGGUUUUCUGUCCGUCCCUAUUGCACUACCAUAUUGUUUUGGAUUUCGGCCUGGCACCCUGGCACUGCACCCUGUUGCAAUACAAACAAAUAUGUGUACAAUUUGUAGUCAUUUCAUGGCAGUUAAUGCAGAAAAUUCCUGCUCCCCGGGAGGUGAUUACUGUCGAUUGUGCUUGUAUUUUGGCUAUGACAACCACCAUCAACUUUCGGGUAUAGAACCCUACCCCACACAGAAGAGGAGUCCUUGUAUCAGGGCGAGAAGCAUCAUCUUAUGCAGGGUGUCAACCAGCUAAAAGCAUCUCUGACAGGACAUUACCCUGUCCCUGGCCAACAUUGAUGCGGUUCUUUCCUAUUAAUCAUGUGUGAUUAUAUUGAUCGAGUUAUUUAAACGAUUCAUAUGAAUAAUGAUUUUCUUUGCAUCAUUGUCAUAUCAUGUUGUUGAAGGGGAGCCUUGGCGCAGUGGUAAAGCUGCUGCCUUGUGACCAUGAGGUCAUGGGUUCAAGUCCUGGAAACAGCCUCUUACAGAAAUGUAGGGAAAGGCUGCGUACUAUAGACCCAAAGUGGUCGGACCCUUCCCUGGACCCUGCGCAAGCGGGAGCUACAUGCACCAGAUGCAAAAUGGAGCCGGCGACCAGCCCUUCUUCCUCACCCUCAGCCUUGAAACCACUGUUGACGCCUCCAAGAGCAGUCGGGCAUCGGCGUCGACGCCGGUAAGGCAACAUGCGUUGCAACAUGCAACCAAAUCAAAUGGAGUGUGGACAAAGUUAUAUAUGGACAAAGUUAUAUAUCAAGCAAAUUGGAUGAAGGUGUGUGGACAAAGUUAUAUAUCUAAUACUCAACCAUGUAGUUUACUAUUAUGCAGUGUGAAAAACGGUGUACAUCAGUUAUCUGGGACUAAUACUAUGGCCUGAUUUUGAUUUCUACCACACCGAACCUUGCUUAGAUAGGGCCAUUUUUUAGAUAUUUUACAGAGUGUUUACUGUUGUUAGUAUCUACCAUCACCUAUGUGAGUAAUAUCAGAUAUAUUUCCAUCCUGAGAUACAUUGAGUAAUAUCAGAUGUUGAUCGAAAAAGGGUUAUAUCA